ACCAGCUUGCCUCACUCUGAAUUAUUCAGACCUUACUGGAAGCACCCUGUUUCUUACGGGAAGACUUUUGGGGGCAAAAAAAGGACAGAUCACCAAGUUACAGGAGUAGAGGAAGGAGCAGAAACUCUGAAGAGAGAUACAUGUGAAGGGAUGUGCAUAGACCAUUUGUGCUACAGUAUCUCUUCUGUGGGAUCAAACCAGACGGGCUUACCUUCACUCCCUACGCUCAUCAGUGUGCCUUGAGUGCUCAUGACCCUUUUGCCAGUUCACCGGUUGUCCUUCCUUGGACCACUUUUGUUCCUCAUGUACUCUUUGUGAAGAAAUUUGACUGCCUGGUCCUGUGUAAAAGUCUACACAUCUGCUUCUCCGUUCAUCUGUACAAGAGAGUGUGUAAAUAUGAAGGGGUUGUGCUGUGUGUUGCUGUGUGUCAUUCUGGUCUUUCUGUCUGUGAUGGACUGUCAGUCACCUGCAGAAACCGACACUUACACAGAAUGCACAGAUGGCUAUGUGUGGGAUGCACAGAACCAGCAUUGUAAAGACAUAAACGAGUGUGAGACAAUUGCAGAGGCAUGUCAGGGAGAGAUGAAAUGCUUUAACCACUAUGGCGGUUACCUGUGUCUACCUCGUUCUGCCUCUGUCAUCACAGCCCAGGAGCCCUCUGGCCAGUCAGAGCCAGGUCUUCCUGGGGUGUCCAGUGGGGCUUUCAAUCCCUGUCCUGUGGGCUAUGAGGCUCAGGGAGAGAGCUGUAUAGAUAUUGAUGAGUGUGAACUGGACAUGCAUGACUGCCAGCCGAGUCAGCAAUGUAUUAACACACUCGGGACGUAUACCUGCCAGUGUCCUGAUGGCUACAGAAAGAUAGGCCAGGAGUGUGUUGAUAUUGAUGAGUGCAUGUACCGCUACUGCCAGCAUCGCUGUGUCAACUAUCCUGGAUCUUUCUCCUGCCAGUGUGAGCCAGGAUUCCAGCUGGCAGGGAACAACCGCUCCUGUGUGGAUGUAAAUGAAUGUGAAAUGGGAGCACCAUGCCAGCAGAGGUGCUACAACACAUAUGGGACAUUUCUGUGUCGCUGUGAACAGGGCUAUGACCUCGACCCUGAUGGCUUCACGUGCAAUGACAUUGAUGAGUGCAGCUACUCCAGUUAUCUGUGUCAGUUCCAGUGUGUGAAUGAACCAGGCCGAUUCUCCUGCGUGUGUCCACAGGGAUAUCAGCUCCUCAGCUCACGCCUCUGCCAAGAUGUGAAUGAGUGUGAGUCAGGCACCCAUCAGUGUGCAGAGGGACAGAGCUGCGUGAAUAUCCAUGGCGGAUACCAUUGUGUGGACUCCAAUCGCUGCCGGGAUCCCUACAUCUAUGUUUCAGAGAAUCGAUGUAUGUGUCCAACGGUGAAACCAGAAUGCCGUGACUUGCCUUUCUCCAUCGUGCAUCGCUACAUGAGCAUCACCUCUGAACGCUCUGUGCCCUCUGAUAUCUUCCAAAUCCAGGCCACCAGUGUCUACCCUGGAGCUUACAACACCUUCCGUAUCCGGUCUGGGGAUGACGGAGGAGACUUUUACAUCCGGCAAAUCAAUAAUGUCAGUGCCAUGUUGGUUCUGGCUCGGGAAGUCAGCGGACCUAAAGAGUAUACUCUGGAUCUGGAGAUGGUUUCUGUCAACCCCCUGAUGAGCUACCGGAGUAGCUCAACCCUCCGUCUCUCCAUCUAUGUAGGACCUUACACUUUCUAAAAAAAGAAAAGUAACCAAGGAUAUUGUAAGGUGGUGGAAUAAACAGAAAACAUUAAAGGAUGUCUACAGAACA